UGCCGGAUCACAUUCGGGGACAGUAACAUGCUAGCACAAGCCAAGAUGUCAUUGGACUCUCAGAAUCCUCGUGAGGGUGGUACAACGAAGGAAGGGACCCAGCGUUACACGGGCAAGAAAGCUACAGCCUGGGAUAUAUGCGGCGAACGACUGACGGCAAAUGGUUUGGGAAACAAAUGAUCAUCCUUCCUCUGCACAAAGUGGUUGAUAUACCAUGUCAUAUCGACAAGGACGUACUUCCUAUGAUUCAAAAGCUUCAAUCUGAAGUCCAGAAGCGACUCAAGGAGUAUGCAAAACAGCGUGGGCUAACCCGGUUUGGCACUGUUAGAGGUAGUCGUCGUUUUCCCUCCUAUUGCCCCUCCGUGUCCGCUGUGCCUGCUCCUGCGCCAAUGCGCCAAAUUCUGAUGUUGCGCGUGAUGUUUUGGCGGGAACCUGUGCUGGUUGUGUCAUUCGCCUGCGCCGACGACCCAGGUGAACAGAUGAUUGCUGAGGGACGAGUCAAGGAUAAGGAACUUCUUGAGCAAAAUGACUUCGAUAUUGGUUGGAUCGAGGGGAAAUAUCCUGGUGAAAUACCGGACGGAAUUGGUGACAAUCUGUAAUUAACUGGAAGAGUGACUGUAUUUCCAAGCACAAUACAAACCAGAUAUAACGGGUGAAGGGGGCUCGGCCUUUGGCUCGAGAGGCAUAGGAGUUAAAUGCCCUCCAGGCCGACAUCCUGUCUGGAGAACUUGACCCAAGAAGUCCA